AUGAAUCACUACUCUCUACACUUUAUAGAGGAUGCUUGCCUAGGUAUAGGAGAUGCUAGACACAGCAGCAAUGGGAACUUCCUCAACCAGGAUGUAGAUGAUGGCUGGCAGCUUGUGGAGAACAUAGCAACUCAAUGGAAGCUAUGGAGAAGAUUGGAUAAGCUGAUCUUAGCUCAGUCCACAAUGAAGAAAGUCAACUUUGUGUCUGCUGAAGAGAUGGAACCAGUCCAAGAAGGGGAGGAUACACAAUUUGCUGAAGUGUGCUACAUGAGCAAUGGGCAAGGAGGUUACAACAAAGGAUACUAUAAUUACAAGUCCAACCCAGCCAUGUCAUACCGAAACACUGAUGUUGCUAACCCUCAGGACCAGGUCUAUCCUCAACAACAGCAGCUCGAUCGAGUCAAGCGCCACAACAUGGGGCAAGCUGAUGGUGUAGUGGACACAAGCAAGAAGCUAGCUGAAAUCAACUCCAAGAUCGAGAAUCUCAACACAAGAGUUUACUCUCUGGAGAAUCAUGCUUCUUCUGUUGCUGCUGCUACAAAGCAAGGACAACUACCUGGUAAAGCUAUUCAGAACCCCAAGGAACAGUGCAAGGUCAUCUUCACUCAAGAAGGACUUGUUGAAGAGGAGGAUCAAGAGAGAGUCAUUGAAGAGUUUUGUUUACUGCUGAAUGAUGAUGAGAUUGUUGCUGCUGAGGCUCCUGGAGUCCAGAUUGAUCAACCAGAAGUGCAGGCACCUACUGUGGCCCUUCACACUUCACCAGUUGAGCUCGCACAACAAGCUCGAUCGGCAGCUCGAUCGAGUCGAACUCUAGCUCGAUCGAGUCCGACCUCUUUGUCCCAAAGCCUUUUGCUUGAUCCUUACCAACCGGUUGCCACUUCCUCGUCUCGCCUACUUAGUCAAGGUCAAGGAAGUGAUUCACAAGUUCAGAAGAGAUCUCAGUGGGAUUGGAAUUGA